AGAUGUUGACCCACGAUGAGAGGAGAACUGACUGUGAGCGACCCUUCGUUUGAGCCAAAUGAUGCGGAUCCCAAACGAAGAGCCGCAAUUCUCAUCACUUCAGGAUCUAUGCCACGUCAUACGCUGUUGGGCGGAAGCAGCAGCCACAACACCCACGGUGCUCUGCGACCUGAAAAUGUUUCACAGAAGGAAGCUGUAGUUCUCGGGUCAAAGUUUUGUGUCACCGAGCAAAUAUAUUCACUGUCUGGACGGAACAAGUUGACAUACAGAGAUUGUGGAAUGCUGCUGGACGAGACUCCACUUUUUGAUCCCUCUUUGCUUAAGGAGUUGGACUGGAACAGCAACGCCGUGUCCUUCUCUCCGCCCAUCUCACCAACCAACCCAGGAGAUGACCUGGAGCUCAGGCCACUGUGUACAGCAGAUUUUAAUAAAGGAUUCUUUCAAGUUUUAGCUCAACUUACCAAGACUGGCGAUGUCACGCCAGAGCAGUUUGUUAGUAAGUUCAAGCACAUGAAGUCAACAGGAAACUACUAUGUUGUCGUCGUGGAGGAUAAAAACCUGGGACAAAUUAUUGCCACAGCCACGCUUAUCAUUGAACACAAAUUUAUUCAUUCCUGUGCCAAGAGAGGCCGGGUGGAGGAGGUGGUUGUCAGUGACGAAUGCAGAGGGAAGCAGCUCGGGAAACUGUUAGUGUCAACGCUUACUCUUCUCAGCAAAAAACUUAACUGCUACAAAAUCACUCUGGAAUGUGCGCCCAAAAACGUGGCUUUCUACCAAAAAUUCGGUUAUACCUCUUCGGAUGAAACUUACAUGCAGUGCAGAUUCUUCGACUGAGGAGAGCUGCAGCUUUAACCACCUCACAGUUUUUGGGGCAUGGACUGUUUUUAUAUCUGAUAUCAGCACUUGCGAUGGGGGUCUUCAGCACUAGCGCCCUGGGAUUUGGUUUGCUCUUGCCUGACAAGGUAUUUUAAUUUCUGAAAACUUGAGUGUCGGUUCAUUGAAGCUCAGUUUGACAAUAAUCCGCCUGACCAGGGUGGGUGUUUGCUGUUAUUUUCCCUUCAUCCGUCUUAAAGAAUGUAUGUGUUGUCUUACUUUCCCAGAGAAAAAGGGUAAUCGAGUACAAAAAGGACAAAUCUAAUUUGACUGCUACACUACAAAUAAAGACAAUCCUACAAAAACAUUAAAUUUGGCUUUUAUCAUAUGAAAAAAAGUAAUGCUUUUCCCCACGUUACUUUUAAGCUACGCAUUCUCAUUGUACAAUUUGGCCUAAAAUUAUAGUUUUCUGCCACCAAUUAAUAGCAACUGUCGACAUUCAUGAGGAACCACCAUGAUAUCUGGGUUUUGUUUGGGUUUCACUUUUCUAGUCUGAUUGGUACGAAGUGCUCUUUUUCUCAGCUUAUCGGUUUUGUUGUUGGGAUCCUAGAAUGAAGUUUUGAAUACAAGAAGACUGUUAAACUAUUUCCAGUGAAGAAAAAACAUUUUCAAAGGUGGUAGUAAUAAUUUGAUAAGGGUGUUUUUUUUUUUAGUUGGUUAACUGGAUUUAGCAUUAAGCAUUUUGUAAAAGAAAUGACAAGUGAUUUUUGUAAAUUCACUUUUAUUUAAGCUUUUGUAGUUGAGUUUUAUAAUUAUGCUUUUAUUCUGGGGAAGAUAUUUAAAAUAACUUAUUUCCAAAUGUAAAUCCAAUAAAAUAUUCUAUGAUCAAGAGU